UCUCACACUCCACUAAUUGCAUCUCCUUCUCUCGCCCUCUGCAUAGUUCCUUGCUCCAUUUGCUUUACACUUGCAUGUGGGUAUCUGCUUCAGUCUUUUGUUUUCGUUAGUGGGUUAUCGUUAUUCAAUCAAUAAUCACAAAAUAAAAUAUUGCUUCAUUCUUUUGGUGAUAUUGAUUGUUGAGCUUUAGUUGGUAUGAUCUGGAUUAAAUUUAUAUAGAUUUCUUGUUCAUAUUAUGUACGGAUAAGGUUUUUUUAUUAUUAUUAUUUACAGGUGCUUGUAUUGUUGAGCAAAUUGCUUGAUUCCAAGCUUUUGUACUAAUGGACAUGUUGCUCCGUAGACUCCUCAUGGCGAGAAUACGCUUGUUAUUUGUUGUUUUCAUUGUUUGUGUGCCCAUGGAAGUCAUGGGUAAGGCUGGAAAUGCUAAUGUUUCUUCAUCGAGACCAAGUGUUGUGAAUAUAGGAGCUCUUUUUACUCUUAAUUCUGUAAUUGGGAGAGCAGCUAAACGAGCACUUGCAGCUGCAGUUGAUGAUGUAAAUUCAGAUUCCAGUAUUCUUAAAGGGACAAAGCUGAAUUUCAUUAUAGUUGACACGAAUUGCAGUGGAUUUAUUGGAACCAUGGAAGCUUUACGGCUGGUGGAAAAUGAUGUGGUUGCAGCAAUUGGCCCUCAAUCGUCUGGCAUAGCUCAUGUCAUCUCCCAUGUUGUUAAUGAACUUCACGUACCACUUUUAUCAUUUGGAGCAACAGACCCCACACUUUCUUCACUUCAGUAUCCAUAUUUAAUCCGCACAACACAAAGUGACUAUUUCCAGAUGUUCGCAAUUGCUGAUCUGGUUACAUAUUUUGGAUGGAGGGAGGUAAUUGCCGUCUUUGUAGAUGAUGAUUAUGGAAGAAGUGGCAUAUCUGUAUUGGGUGAUGCCCUGGCAAAGAAGCGUUCCAAAAUCUCUUACAAGGCUGCCUUCAAUCCUGGAGCAACCAAGAAUGCAAUCAAUGACUUGUUAGUUGAAAUAAACCUGAUGGAAUCUAGGGUCUAUGUUGUCCAUGUGAAUCCUGAUUCUGGUUUGCAAAUUUUUUCUGUUGCCCAGAAGCUUGGGAUGAUGAGCAAAGGCUAUGUUUGGAUUGCCACAGAUUGGCUUCCUUCUGUUUUAGAUUCAACAGAACCAGUUGACACAAACACAAUGAAUCUCUUACAAGGGGUUGUCGCUCUUCGCCAUUACACACCAGACACUGAUAUGAAGACAAGGUUUCUGUCUAGAUGGAACAACCUUAAAUACAAGGAUCGAAAGGGACCUGCUGGGUUCAAUUCUUAUGCUCUCUUUGCUUAUGAUUCAGUAUGGUUAGCUGCCAGAGCUCUUGAUGCUUUUUUCAACGAAGGUGGUAUUGUAUCUUUCUCUGAUGAUCCAAAGUUGCAAGACGGAAAUGAAAGCUCAUUGAACUUGUCAUUACUCCGUGUCUUCAAUGAAGGUCAACAGUAUCUCCAAACACUUCUAAGAAUGAACUUCACAGGUGUCAGUGGUCAAAUUCAGUUUGAUCCCGACAAAAAUUUAGUUCAUCCAGCAUACGAUAUUAUCAACAUUGGUGGGACAGGGUCCCGCAGGAUUGGUUAUUGGUCGAAUCACUCUGGUCUUUCAAUUGUUCCUCCAGAGAUCUUAUAUGGGAAGCCUUCUAAUACUUCUCCCAGCAACCAACACCUUUACACAACAAUAUGGCCUGGUGAAAAUCCAGAGGUUCCUCGAGGAUGGGUGUUUCCAAACAAUGGAAAGCCACUGCGUAUAGCAGUGCCAAAUCGAGCAAGUUACAGAGAUUUUGUGUCUAAGGACAAAAACCCUCCAGGGGUUAAAGGUUAUUGCAUUGAUGUGUUUGAAGCUGCAAUAAACUUGCUGCCAUAUCCUGUUCCUCGCACGUAUAUUCUAUAUGGAGAUGGAAAGAGGAACCCAAGCUACAAUGGACUCGUCGAUGCAGUUGCUCAAAAUACUUAUGAUGCAGCUGUGGGAGAUAUUGCAGUAGUUACAAACAGAACAAAGAUUGUGGAUUUUACACAGCCUUACAUGGAAUCAGGACUUGUUGUAGUGGCUCCUGUCAAGGAAGUAAAGUCUAGCGCUUGGGCAUUCCUCAAGCCAUUUACUGUACAAAUGUGGUGUGUCACUGGUGCCUUCUUUCUUUUGGUGGGAACUGUUGUCUGGAUUCUUGAGCACCGGAUUAAUCACGAGUUUCGUGGUCCACCAAGACAACAGCUUAUCACUGUAUUCUGGUUUAGUUUCUCAACAAUGUUCUUCUCUCACAGAGAGAACACUGCAAGCACCCUGGGACGUCUGGUGGUGAUCAUUUGGCUAUUUGUUGUGUUGAUUAUCAAUUCAAGUUAUACAGCCAGUUUGACAUCAAUCCUUACAGUUCAGGAGUUAACUUCAGGGAUUGGAGGCAUUGACAGCUUAAUAUCAAGUAGUGAACCAAUUGGAGUUCAAGAUGGUUCAUUUACAUGGAACUACUUGGUUCAGGAGCUCAACAUAGCAGAAUCAAGGCUUGUAAAAUUGAAAAACCAAGAUGAAUAUUUUUCUGCCCUUAAACUUGGACCAAAAUCUGGUGGGGUUGCUGCCAUUGUUGAUGAGCUUCCUUACAUUGAGCUCUUCUUGUCCGACAGCAACUGUGCUUUCAGGACAGUGGGACAGGAAUUCACAAAAAGCGGAUGGGGAUUUGCAUUUCAGAAGGACUCACCUCUUGCAGUUGACUUGUCCACAGCCAUUCUCCAGCUCUCUGAAAAUGGUGAUCUCCAAAAAAUUCAUAACAAAUGGCUGACACGGGCAGAGUGCUCUAUGCAAAUCAACGAAGUUGAUUCAAGCCGGCUCUCCUUAAGCAGCUUCUGGGGACUGUUCCUGAUAUGUGGCCUUGCUUGCUUCAUUGCUCUUACUAUAUUCUUCUGCAGAGUACUUUGUCAGUACCGUAAAUUUGCUGUGGAAGAGGGCCAAGUGGCGGAGGUGGAGGAGAUUCAGCCAGCGAGACCUAGACGUGCACUGUUCUCAGGUAGCUUCAAAGAUUGGAUUGAUUUUGUAGAUAGGAAAGAAACAGAGAUCAAGGAGAUGCUUGGGCAUAAGAGUAAUGAUAACAAGAGACAAGCUAGCCCCAGCAUAGAAGAACAUUCACAUGCUUAGAGGGAAAAAAGUUUAUUAUUAUUAUUAUUAUUAUUAUUAUUUCAAAUUCAGAAACUAUAAAAUCAAACACCACUCUUAUAUACUUAUAGUUUGUCAUUUUGAUUGAUAUAGAAGAAUUAGUUGUUAGUGCAUUUUGUAUCCUGAAAAAUAUUUCGUAUACAUGUAAAAGACAAUAAAAUUAGAAAAAAAAAAACAGUAGGUGGAGUUCAAUUUGAGUCAUACAGUGUAAAAUUAUAAAUUGUGUUUAGUUAGAGUUGCGAUAUUAAUGAGUAGAAACACAUGUUUUAUAUGAUAA